AAGAUCAUCCUCUACUCGAAGAUCGACCCACGGCAUCAUCGAUGGGCUCGGAGGCAACUACUCAGGCCUGGGCGUCAGCAGCGCCUCGGCCUGGACCGCGGUAGACGCCAUCUUGCCGGUGGACGGGGUGAGGGCCCGGGCGCGGAGGCCGCGCGGUGACAGUGGGAUUCUUUGCAGUGGGGCAAGACUUUGCGUCCGCCUUCUUCACUAGAGAUGGCCCAUGUGCUCUGUAACAGAGCCAGACUGGUUUCCUAUCUCCCAGGAUUUUGUUCUUUAGUGAAAAGAGUCAUCAAUCCAAAAGCCUUUUCAACUGCAGGAUCUUCAGGUUCUGAUGAGUCUCAUGUGGCCACUGCACCUCCAGAUAUAUGCUCUCGAACAGUAUGGCCUGAUGAAACUAUGGGACCCUUUGGACCUCAGGACCAGAGAUUCCAGCUUCCUGGGAAUAUAGGCUUCGAUUGUCACCUCAAUGGGACUGCCUCACAGAAGAAAAGCCGGGCCCAUAAAACUUUGCCUGAUGUUCUAGCAGAGCCUCUUUCAACUGAAAGACACGAGUUUGUGAUGGCCCAGUAUGUAAAUGAGUUUCAGGAUAGUGAUACACCUGUUGAACAAGAAAUUAACAGUGCAGAAACUUACUUUGAAAGUGCCAAAGUUGAGUGUGCAAUCCAGACAUGUCCAGAACUGCUGCGGAGAGAUUUUGAGUCACUUUUUCCAGAAGUAGCUAAUAGCAAACUGAUGAUCCUGACUGUAACCCAGAAAACUGAAAAUGACAUGACUGUCUGGAGUGAAGAGGUGGAGGUUGAGAGAGAGGUGCUCUUGGAGAAGUUCAUCAGUGGUGCUAAGGAAAUUUGCUAUGCUCUUCGGGCUGAAGGAUACUGGGCUGACUUCAUUGACCCAUCAUCUGGUGUGGCAUUUUUUGGACCAUAUACCAACAACACACUUUUUGAAACAGAUGAACGGUACCGGCAUUUAGGAUUCUCUGUUGACGACCUUGGCUGCUGCAAAGUGAUCCGUCAUAGUCUCUGGGGUACUCACGUGGUUGUAGGAAGUAUCUUCACUAACGCAACAGCAGACAGCCCCAUCAUGAGGAAGCUCAGUGGGAACUAGCAAGUGGCACUGGGGUAACUGCUGUCUGUGAUGGGUUGCACUAUAUAAACACUGUCAUGGACAGCAGCUUCUAGAGGACUCUUGGUUUAGGUAUUUAUUGUAUCAUUUAUGGGCUUACAUGGACAGGUGACUUGGGGUUUCAGAAUUGCAAAUGCUAGUUACUGUUCUGGAGUGCAUGUUGAACACAUCCAUGUUCUGGAAAAUGAGGUCAUCAACUUGUAACCAGGGUAUGUAUGUUUUCUUAGGGUUGAUUCUCCCCUUUACUGGGAAAACUUUAAUUAUUUUUUCCAAAAAUAAAUCAUACAUUUGUCUAUGAA